GAAGACAUUCCGAUAAGUGAAGCUGCUGUGUUUUUUUUUUAUCUUAUAAGUUCUCCACUUGUCUGAACAGCAUCUCUUCCUCAUUACAGGGCAGCAACAGCUACAGAGCAGACAUACCAGAAGCUACAAUGGAAAGAAGAACUCAUGGUUGUCCUGGAAAAGGCCUGCUAUUCCUGCUCCUUCUGCUGAGUUGUUUUAACAUCAGUUGUUCGUUUUAUGAGAGAAGAAGAGAGGAUUUGAAAACUCUGAGGAAUGAUCUUCUGGAAAACAUAAAGUAUGUGAAAACACAAUGUGUCACCUUAGCAGAAUAUUCUGGCGAGGAGAAGGUGGAAAGUGAAUUGGACAUGAACCAUGUUCUGUCAUCACUGCUGGAGAUGGGAGACUCCAUAACCGAUGAGGAGGAACUGGAAAUGUUCCAGAAUGAUCUCCAGGCAGUGGUCAAUGAAGUAGAAUGGCAGAGGCUGAAUGACAGGGAGCUAUUUUUGGUGGAAGCAAAACGUAUUUAUGCUAACAUUGAAGAAGAAAAGAAGAAGCUCGCGAAACAGAUUGUUUUUGAUCCAUCCCUAGAACAUUAUGUCCUGCAUCAUAAUGCAAUGCAAAUCUUAGAGGACACAAAAAAGUACAUUGUACUAAGAUUCUGGAGCAUCACGGCAGAAGCAGAAGACAUUGAAAGAAUCCUGAAGAUUUAUCAUGUUUCUGAGUUUGAGCACCCGAUUGACAAUGAUUUGGAUUUUUCCGUUUCUGAGUUUGAGAACGAACUUCAAGAGGACUUUGAUUUUUACUUUCCUGAGUCUGAGGACGAACUGGACGAGGAUCUAGAUUUUUACGUUUCUCAGUAUGAGGAACUCUGACAUUUUUUGUUAUCUAUGUCUUAAGGGAAAGAAUGUAUGAAAUGUUUUAUUUACUGUUUAAAUCAGUUUUUGCUCUAUUUUUUGGAAACCAGCAGAUGUGUCUAAAGAAAUUAAAUGUCUUUAGAAAAGAACAGCUUACAAUAUUUCUUCCUUAAAAGUUACUUUUAAGGACGUGUAUUGAGCCCCCUCCUCUUCAUGCUCAACACACCAGAUUUUACACAAACCCAUCCAAUGAACUCCAUCAUCACAUUUGCUGACAACACCACUGUGGUGGGGUUAUUCUCAGGGGCGGAUGAGGCAGACAGCAGGGAUGAGUCAGCAGACUGGAAAGGUGGUGUUCAGGGAAAAACCUCCAUCUGAACCCCACAAAAACAAGAGAUCAUUCUGAAGGGGGCAAAGGGGUUCCGCCCCCACUGUACAUCAAUGGCGACGGCGUGGAUAGGCCCCUCUCUAUUCGCUACCUGGGUUUGCAGAUCACAGACGACCUCUACCAGACUGAAAACAGCACAGUGGGAGUAGGAAAAGCCCAGCUACGUCUCCACUUCCUGAGAAGACUCAGGAGGAACAACGCUGCCCCCAGUCAACUGUUGUUGUGUCCUUGGGCAAGAUACUUCACCCUCCCUGCCUCCAAUGUGGCUCCACUGGUGUGUGAAUGUGCAUGAAUGUGAAGGUGAUGGUCAGAGGGACCAAAAGGCGCAAACUGGCAGCCACGCCUCUACCAUCACCAAAAAUACAUGAGGAGUGAAUUAAUAAUGGACACAUUGUAAGCGCUUUGAGCGUCUGGAAAAGCGCAGAUAAAUCGAAUCCAUUAUUAUUAUUAUUACGCUGCUGGUGACCUUCCACACCAUCACCAUAGAGAGCAUCCUGACGUGCUGCAUCACAGCGUGGAACGCAGGAAAGUGCUGCAGAGGGUGAUUGACCAGACCCAGAAGACUACCGGCUCCCCCGGCCCAGAGGACAUCAGCAGCUGUCGCUGUCUAGCAAGGCCAAACACACAAUCAAUGACACCGUCCGUCCGUCCCAACCACCUACUGCUGCUAUGCUGGCCGGUGCUACAGACCUCUCAAGACCCACACCAACAGAUGCAAGAACUGUUUCUUCCCCAUAGCUGUCAAUCUACUAAACAAACCCAAAAAAAAAAAAAAAAAUGGAAAUCCAA